AUGCUUCAAAUCUACAAGGAACUCGAGCUGGUCAUCCCCAAGGAGGUGACGGUCACCCUCCACUCCCGCAAGGCCACCGUCAAGGGCCCUCGCGGAGAGCUCACCAAGGAUGUGCGCCACAUGGCCAUGGACAUUCGUCAUGUCAAGAGCAGCAAGGGUGAAAAGCUCAAGUUCAUCGUGUGGCACGGAGCACGCAAGCACGUUGCUUGCCUGCGUACCGCCAAGGCAGUCUUUGCCAACAUGAUCAAGGGUGUGACUGUGGGAUUCCAGUACAAGAUGCGUGCAGUCUACGCACAUUUCCCCAUCAACAUCAUCGUCGCUGGCGACAAAAAGUCUUGCGAGGUGCGCAACUUCCUCGGGGAGAAGCGAGUUCGUCACGCAGUCAUGGCGGAGGGUGUCUCUAUCAGGGAAGACCCUGCACAAAAGGACCAAGUCUUGGUCGAGGGCAACGACAUCGAGGCCGUUUCUCAAUCCGCCGCUCUGCUCCACGGACAGUGCCUGGUGAAGAACAAGGAUAUCCGAAAGUUCUUGGACGGCAUCUACUGUGCCCAAAAGAGCACCAUCGUCGAGGUCGAGGCUUGA